AGGCGGGAAAAUGCAAGGACCCCGGGCGGUGGGUGUUUUACUCGACUGCCUGACAAACACCCCGACGCCGACGCCGCUCCGGCGCAAUUUUCCGCGGCUUUUCCGGCCGUGCCGACACGGGCUGUACGCUCAGCGGCGCCGGGGCCGGACGCGAGCCAGCCGGGCGCCGACAGGCAGCGGUGAGGACGCCUCUCUCUGACGGGGUCCUUGCCGCGGCCGCGUUUUUGGGGUUGGCCCUCGCGGCGACCCGUACCUUCCCGCCGCUCCUCUCGCUCCGUGCUCUCCCCCCGGCCCGGGGAAAUGGAGGAACCCCCCGAUGGCUUCGGCUCCCAACGGUCGCUCCCCGGCGCUGGGUCCAGAGCGGCCCGAGGAGGGGAUGCUCUGUGUGCCGGAACGGUGAGAGUUUCUCAGAGGCAAUCCUCCCGUUGCAGCUGCUGACAGCACUGAAAACCUGUGUGCUUCGUGGUGUCCAUCGCCCAGCUGGCAACGAUUCCCUGGUGUUUGGUGCAUUAAGUCACACCCAGCUGUGUGGGAUGGCAGAGUCAGGUGGGCCCUUUAUUGAACAGAUUUAUCUGCUACAAGGCUACGCAGAAGGAUGGAAAGGAGGAACACAGGGGGAAAAAAAAAUAGAUGAAAGGCCAUGCAUUGAUCACCUGAUGUACUCCAGAGACAAACAUGGCUAUUACAGGGGCUGGUUCUGGGGUAACAAGGAAGCACAAGGCCUAAACACCUCUGGCUUGUCUGUCCAAGGAUCUGCCUCAAUUGUGGCUCCCAUCCUUCUGAAGAACUCUUCAGCACAGUGAGUUACCUUCUAUAACUAUUUAUUGUUGUAUUGUUGUUGUGAGACCUCAUUGCUGGGUGAGAAGACCAGGGGAAAUUAAAGGCUGUAUGCCACUGUUACUUCCCUGAAUUCUUGUACUCUGUUAAAAUCAAAACAAAAGGGAUUUACACUGUAAGAAACACUUAAAUGUAAGUUAAGGUAAAGGUCACAGUGCUAAAACCUAAGAGCAGAUAGCCUUGAGCUCCUUUAUAUUCCUACUCCUGCCUCCAGGGUAUCAUCAGAUAUCCCCUAGAUCUUGCAGUGGAAGAGAUGCUGAACCAUCAGCUGUUCCAUAUUCUACACCACGUGUCUUUUUACCAUGCUCCUCUGAGAAGCAUCUCUCCCUUCUCUGUUUCUUUGCAGACAAGAAGGGAGAAAUUGGGAUUGCCUUUGUUCUUUUGCCUGUUAAUAAAAAGGCCGCUUGUGGCUGUGUGCAGUGGCAACUGCAUCACAGAAUCUUAGAGGUGAUUAUUCGCAGGUUAAGGAAAUAAUUCCCUUUUUUGUCACUGCUGCGCUGAAUUUCAUAGGCGUGUGUGUGGCUCGAUGCCUAAGAUAUUUAAAGCAGGUUUUAUUCUUACAGGGGUUUUGCACACUAAAGUGUGCGCCCAGGUUUUGUUUCCAGAAGUGAGGUGUAGCGCUGGGUGUUUCAUUUGGUGUGUUACUUGUUCUGUUGUGUCAAUAACUGCAGUGUCCUCCCUGUGCCUGUGUAUUGCAGGGGCAGUCGAGUGCUGGUUAUAAAGGUGGUGAUAAUUAGGAAUAAGCUGUUCAAGCUUGGAUAAAUGUUUAGAAAUCAUUGCUUAGAUAUUGCUGUGUAAAACGCUCGCUCGCGGUGGGAGAAUUCUCCAGGGUCAAGCUGUUCAGAGGCAGGGUUCCUGGACGAGGUGACCCAGGACAGCUUCGUGCUGGGCCCGGGCUACGACCGCCCCUAGCAGCUGGAGCCCGCGGUGAGGGAGCCCAAGAGCAUCCAGCUGUACCAGCACCUCAGCCUCAAGAGCUGCAUCUGGACCUUCGACGCUUAUUACGACAUGACCGAGUUAAUUGAUGUCUGUGGGGGCUCUGUCACCGCUGACUUCCAGGUAAGGGACUCUGCCCAGUCCUUCCUGACAGUCCACGUCCCUCUCUCCGUGUCCUACAUCUGUGUGACGGCACCGAGGGGCUGGGCUUCCCUGGAGCACCGCACCGAGAUGGAGUUCUCCUUCUUCUACGACACCGUUCUCUGGAGGACAGGGAUCCAGACGGACAGCGUGCUCUCGGCCCGCCUGCAGAUAAUCCCCAUCUACAUCCGCGAGGACGGACGGCUGGUCAGCGAGUUCAGGACGCAGGCCAAGUUCAGAGCGCUGUUUGUCACGGAGCACCACAGCCUGCCAGAUGUCAGGUCCUCUUGGAGAACUCCAGAGCACCUGGGAGGCAUCGAAUUUGACCUGCAGCUGCUGUGGAGUGCUCAGACUUUUGAUUCUCCCUACCAGCUCUGGAGAGCAACCAGCUCCUACAACAGGAAGGAUUACUCUGGAGAAUACACCAUGUUCCCGAUCCCCUGCACGGUGCAGCCCACGCAGCCGUGGGCAGAGCCUGGAGCCAAGCCCCUGCCCUGCACGGCUCACGCUCCCGAGCGGUUUUUGAUCCUGAUCACCUUCCAGCAGACAAGCCGCCCAGUUCCAGUUGUUUACUCCCAGAACGCAAGAGUUUCAGAUCUGUAACGACGAGAAGGUUUUUCUAAUGGACCCCACCAAAUCGGAAAGGUCUCUGGCAGAAAUGGAUUACAAGGGGGGCUUUUUCCAAGGGUAGGAUUUACCUCUCCUCUUCUGCUUGUGCCCAGCGUUUCUGCUUUCACAGCUUCCAUUCCCUGGAGAGGAAAGGGCAAAACCCACAGGUAGCUUUGCCUCUUCUACAGCAAUCAUUGACAUCUUACAGCCCUGUGAAAGAGCAGCGUGCUCUGGCACCGCGUUUUGUCACUCCCACCCACCGAGCCCUUCCCAAACAACCCAAACCCUUCUGAACACGGACACUUGGCUCUAGCAGCGUUUUCCUGCUUGGGAAAUUUCACCUGCCCCUCUUUGUCCCGACCUCCCCAGGGCAGAUCCUGUACGGGCACGUGCUCUGGCACCCGGAACAAAACCUCAACGCUGCUUACAAGCUGCAGCUGGAGAAGGUCAACCUGUGCACAGGCAGGGAUGGCUACGUGCCCUUCCUCGACCCCACGGGUACCGUCUACAACGAGGGGCCCCGGUACGGCUGCAUCCAGCCCAACAAGUACCUGAAACACCGAUUCCUCCUCCUGGACCAAAACCAGCCAGAAGUGAGGGAUAAGUAUUUCCCCGAUGUGCCUUUUGACGCCCACUUUGCUUCCCAGCUGUCCGAGUUCCACUCGGUGAGCAGCAUGCCCGGAGUUGAUGGAUUUACUCUCAAGGUGGAUGCUCUCUACAAGGCACUCAUGAGAAAGCUCUUUAAAAACACAUUAUUCGUGUUCCUGAAGGAAUUAAUGCCAUCGCAAAGGCAGGACACCUCACGGGGUGGUCCGUGCUCCCGAGGAGCUCCCCUUGAACACCCGAGGUGGAGCUGCCCCGGGGCGCCCCGAAGGCGGCGGGCGGCCGCUGCUGCACCGUCAGGAACCUUCAUCCACCGAGGGACGCGGCGGCCUCUGCCAGGGCCAGGGCAGGAAAGUGAAGCAGGUGCACAUGGAAGUCAAAGUCCACGGCAAUUUGCACGACGGCACGGAAGUUUCAUGGAGCACACGCAUUGGGAAAAGCUUUUUAUAAACUGUAAAAUAAAGAUAAUCCAAAACUGAAAA